AUGUGUGUACACGUUUUACUCGUUCCGUAUCGAUCUGCGAAUAAAGCCGAUUCCGAAGAUCAGGUGGUUGCCGCUCAGACAUCCAUCCGCACGUCCACAUGUUUGUCACGUCAAUUUGCUGACAAAUCAUCGUCAUCGAGGAGAAUGGGAGUUUAUUUGUCAGUCAUUGCACUCAAGAGAACAGACGUACUACAUCACAAGCAGUUAGUUCAUACUCAUUCAUAG